AAACCUAUUUCUUGUAAAUAUAAUUUAAGAAAUAUUGUUUGAAUUCACAAUGAGUGUAUUUGGUAAUGCGGUGAAAUACUUAAACGAGGGGAAUGUUCACGUCGUUAUAAGUAUAUUAAAUACGGACUAUGUCAUAAGACUUAUUAAAGAAGAUGGAAGAACAGUGAAAAAUAUGGAAAUUAUCCGGAAUUCUGUAAAUUUUGUAAACAUUGUUAUGAUACCUUUAUUAUUCGGUUAUUAUCAGUAUAGAGAAGAGAUAAUUAAACUUUCAUCAGAAGAUAUAUUAAAACUAUCUAAAGACCUAUUCAAUGUUCGACCGAAACAAAGACGGGUAAAAUCUAAUUUCAGUCAAUUUGCCAUUAAAGCCCCGAAUUUGACAAUAAUAUCACAUAAUAGUGAAAACUAUUGCUUAGAGAUUAAGCCAAAAGAAGGUUUUAUGGCAGGGAAUUUUAGUAGAUAUUCAAAAUGCUACUAUUGUCUAAAGCAACUUUUAAAAUUACAAGAAAAUGAAGUUGAAUACAUAAGUAGCUAUUGUCCACUAGACCUAUUUUCUGGAGAUAGAAAGAGAAUGAGGAAAGCAAUAUUAAACUUGAUUAAAAAUCCACAAAAUAACUUAAAACUAUUUAAGGAUGGAAAUAUUGUUUAUAAUGAAAAAUCAAAUGUAAAAGAUUUUGAAAUGAUAAUAAAAAAUACAUCUUCUUUUAAUACCUUAAAUAUAUUUUUGGAUUUAAUUACUGAAAUAUUGCUAGGUGAUGGAAUUUCUGAUAUUGUAAUUCAAGAAUCAAGUAAGGAAUUGAACAUAGACACAAAUAAUGAGAAAUGUAAUAAAGAUGGGCACCUCCCUGCUAACUGUUUCUUACAUAGACUGUUAAAUUUGCAAAAAUUGUCUGAAAAAUUAAAUUUAAAUUCAACAUCAAAUGAAGAUUUUCGAUAUGUUUUCAUGCUAUUGAAAGAUAUGAAAGAGUUAAAUAUUAAUUUAAUAAACAUGGAUGAUCGGAACAAGUUAUUUGAAACAAUAGAUCCACUAUAUUUAGCCAUGAUAUCUGCAGUAGCAAAAGACUGCUCUAUAAUGGUAUGUUUGUCACCUCAAACUAGUGAACUAUACCCAUCUAUUACAUUAAAAGAUAUAAGCUUAUCAUAUAAAAUAUCUGUAACUGAUUUGGAACCAAAGUCAAUCAAAUCAUUGACCAAAAGAAAAACUACUGAACAAAUGUUAAUAGAAUUAUAUGAAAAAAAAAGCUAAAUGAAAAAAAGUAGUGUAAUUCAACCACAUUCAGAAACCAGAUCCAAGCAGUUAGAAGCUUGGCAGCAAUUGAUAUCAGAUUAUUUAAAAGCCACAAAGCAAUCGACCAUAGACAUUAGAGAGACACAUAAUAGUCCUUUAUUUAACAAUGCCUCCAUUAAUAGAAAACUGUCCUCAGAAUCUCUAUUGACUAUUUUAGAAAACAUGGCUAAAGCUGGCAAAGCUGCACCAGUAGAUAAGAGUAAAAAUGUCUGGGAAGUGUAUUGGCAUUCUUUAGAUGAAUGGGGUAAUAUGAUAUACAGCUGGG